AUUCUUUUUUUUUUUUUUUUUUUUUUGGUGCAUCACUAGUAAUAAAGCUAUUUAGAUUUAAUUAAAACCCAAUUGAAUGUAGGCAAUCUCAAUUUGAUGUUAUAGGUUUGAAGAACCUUUUAGAAAAUAAAUAUGGCUUGCAGGUCAAAGCUCGCUCCCGUGUUGAAGCGGGUAGCGAUACCGAGCUUGAGAAGAUCCGUGGCGGUUGCCAGCCCAGUCGUCUCUGCCGCGCGAUAUAUAUCAGGCACGGCUCCGAGGCCGUUCCGGGAAUCCAGCACAAAACGCGCCGGCGGGUUCACAACCGAUUCCUACCCGGAGAUCAAGCGGGACGACAGGUUCGCCCAGAUCACAGCCGAGCACGUGGACUACUUCAAACAGCUGCUCGGCAAGGACUCCGCCGUAGUCGACGGCGUGACCGGCGCCGCGGCCGAGGACGAGAUUGAGCCCUUCAAUCUCGACUGGAUGCGCAAGUACAAGGGCCACUGCAAGCUGGUCCUGAAACCGGCUUCGACCGAGGAGGUCAGUAAGAUCCUCAAGUAUUGUAACGAGAACAUGCUGGCUGUCGUCCCUCAGGGAGGUAAUACCGGCCUUGUCGGCGGCUCGGUGCCUGUAUUCGACGAGAUCGUCGUCAGCACCAGCCGGAUGAACCAGAUCCGGUCUUUUGACGAAGUAACCGGUGCUUUGGUUGUGGAUGCCGGUGUUGUGCUAGAGGUAGCCGAUCAGUUCCUUGCCGAGAAGGGCUAUAUCUUCCCCUUAGACCUGGGUGCUAAGGGUUCCUGCCACAUCGGCGGCAAUGUUUCGACUAACGCCGGCGGGCUCCGGUUAUUGCGGUACGGAAGUUUGCACGGCACCGUCCUGGGAGUCGAAGCCGUUCUUCCCGAUGGGACCAUCUUAAACGACUUGAGCAAGCUGCGGAAGAACAAUACGGGGUAUGACUUGAAGCAACUCUUCAUCGGCGCGGAAGGAACAAUCGGCAUGAUCACUGCGGUAUCCAUACACUGCCCCCCACGGUCCAAGGCGGUCAACGUUGCGUUCCUCGGUGUUGAAUCUUAUGACGAACUCCUCCAGGCUUUCAGGGAGGCUAAGACGCAACUUGGUGAAAUCCUAUCUGCUUUCGAGAUGAUGGAUGCCCAGAGCCAGGAAAUAUUCCACAAGGUAAAGGGGAACAAACGACCGCUCGAAGGCGAACAUCCUUUCUACUGUUUAAUAGAGACGAGCGGUUCAAACUCGGAGCAUGAUAGCGAGAAGUUGGGAAACUUCCUCGAAGAUCUUAUGACGAAGGAGAUUGUUAGCGACGGCGUCAUGGCACAGGAUGAGACUCAAUUCAAAUCGCUAUGGAGCCAGCGAGAAGGCAUUACGGAAACCCUUGGACACUGGGGCGGAGUUUAUAAAUACGACGUAUCCAUCCCUAUAAAGGAGAUGUACCAGCUUGUGGAAGACACCAGAAAGAGACUAGAAGACGCCGGCCUGAAGGACGGGACCGAAGCGUCUCCCGUCGUGGACGUUGUCGGUUACGGCCAUAUGGGAGACUGCAACUUACACCUCAACAUUGCGGUGCGGAGAUACGACAAGAAAGUAGAAGAGGCUCUCGAGCCGUUUGUUUACGAAUGGAUCAGCAAGAGAAACGGCAGCAUCAGUGCCGAGCACGGGUUAGGUAUUGCUAAGAAGAAGUAUAUUGGCUACAGCCGAAACGAGACGACGGUAGGGCUGAUGAAGCAAAUUAAGAACCUCUACGACCCGAACGGCAUUAUGAAUCCUUACAAGUACAUAUAGAGAUGUAUUGUACUAUAAUACCGUUGUAGAACGGAUAGCUUCUUCAACAGAUGAAUAUGGGACAGUUCCUGGGCCGGACUUUUGUAAAUACGGGCUCGAAAGGAAGGUUGGCAAUUAAAAAAAAUUUGAUAUCCGGUGAAUAACAGGUAGAAGGCUUGCAAGUAUCUUAAACACUAUGUGAGUUCGUUCUUCUGUAGAUGCGGAAAACAUCGUCUGUAGCUUUAGGGGAGAGUUUAUGGUGUCAUUCUAAAGCAGUCUAAAGGAAGUUAUAAAACCCUCGGUUAAUUUUUACAAAAUAAUGAGAAAUAUCAAACAGCAAUAUCUUAAGACUCC